AUGCCCGAACAACCAUUCGACACUGACAAUACUGGUGACCACCAACAUGCUGAGCAGCCACACAAUGAAUACGAUGAAAGCUCGUCUGCAAAUAAUAAUGAGCAGUCUGGCGAUCAAGAAGACGAUGAACAGGGAAAAGAAGAUCAAGAACCAACACCUGAUUUUUCUGAUGAUGACUAUGGAGCAGACUUUCCUGAUGAUACUCUAUGUCCGGAUUUGAUGGCCGAGCGCCCGAAAGAACAUGAAAGUCUAAAUAACAUAAUAGUGGUUGAUAAUUUACCAAAAGUCGACCAAGGAAAGCUCGAAAAAUUAAAAGCAGUCAUAUCAAAAGUUUAUAGUAAAUUCGGUGUCUGUCGAAAUGAAUACUAUCCACUGGAUGGUGACGGAAAAACAAAAGGUUAUGGAUUUUUUGAAUUUGAAAAUGAACAUAUGGCUUCAGAAGCAGUCAAACAAACUGAUGGUUACCGAUUAGAUAAAAAUCAUACAUUCUCUGUUAAUUUAAUGUCGGAUUUUGAACGGUUAACGCAAGUUCCUCCUGAACCUGUUGACACUGGUAACUUAUUUUCUUGGCUAGCUGAACCUGAUGCUGUUGACCAAUUUGCUGUUCAAUCAGAUGAUCCAAAAAAAACCACCAUUUAUGCUAAUUCUUUAUCGGGACCAAUUGUUAUCGAAGAUCGAAAUAAAUGGACAGAAAAUAAUUUUGUUUGGUCACCAAAAGGUACUUAUUUAGCAUCAUUUCAUGAACAAGGUAUUGCCUUUUGGGGUGGCAAAGAAUUUCGUCAAGUGCAAAGAUUUGCUCAUCGUGGUGUGAAUUACAUUGACUUUUCACCCGGUGAACGUUAUUUAGUCACUAUUUCACCUCGUCCAAAUAGUCCUGAUGCGUUUAUUAUCUGGGAUAUCAUAACUGGACAAAGGAAACGUUCAUUCCCACUUGAGCAACAUACUUCGCAAGGUCCAUCGUAUUUCAAAUGGUCUUAUCAAGAUCAAUAUUUUGCUAAACAAGGUCCCGAUGGUAUCUACAUGUAUGACAGAGAAACAUUUCAAUUAGUUGAUAAGAAACCAUUUAAAGUUCCAUCACUUGCUGAUUUUCAAUGGUCACCGACCGAUAAUCGUAUUGCUUAUUGGACAGCCGAAGAUGGCAAUGUACCGGCACGUUUAGUACUUGCAGAAAUUAAUGGUGUUAGAUUGGAAGAAAUUCGAUCGAAAACUUUGUUUAAUGUUAUCGAUUGUAAAGUUUGUUGGCAAAAACGUGGCGACUAUCUUGUUGUUAAAGUUGAUCGAUAUGCAAAGAAGAGUGGAGAAAAGAAUAAUCCAAAAUAUUCGGGCUUGAUUUACAACUUUGAAAUCUUUCAUAUGCGUGAAAAAAAUGUUCCAUUAGAUACUCUAGAAGUAAAAGAAACAAUUCAAUCAUUUGCUAUUGAACCAGCCGGACAUAAAUUAGUUGUUAUCACAGGCGAAAGUCUACGAACUAAUGUAACUUUCUAUAAAAUGGGUCAAGGACAAAAGAGUGGAAAAAUCGAAGCACUUAAAGUAAUGGCACAACCAGUAACGAAUGCAAUCUGGGCACCCAAUGGUCAAUAUGUCGUAUUAGCUGCAAUGAAAACUGGUGCAUCAUCUGGUGGACAAUUAAUAUUUGUCGAUGCUAAUGAUAUGUCAAUAAUGUCGAAACAAGAACAUCCUGAUUUAUCUGAUGUCGAAUGGGAUCCAACUGGACGUUACUUUACAUCAUAUGUUAACUUAUGGAACGCUAAACGUGACCAUUCAUUCAAAGUUUGGACGUUUCAGGGUACAUUGGUUUUUGAAAAAAAUGUUGAACGAUUGGCUGCAUUUCAUUGGCGCCCUCGACCACCAUCAUUGCUUACAGAAGAAAUGAUUCGCGAAGUUCGUCGAAAUCGAUCAGUAUGGACACCGAAAUUAGAACAACGCGAUCGACUUUUACGUACCGGUGAAUCCGCUAAACAACAGGAACAACGACGAAAACAACUAGAUGAAUUUCAAAAAUUUAAAGAGAAAAAUAUCAAACGUUUGGCUAUACAAAGACAACAACGUAUGCAAUUGCGUGGUGGUGUCGAUACAGAUUCAUUGUUUGAACAACAGCCAUCCAAUGUUGGUGAAGAAGUUGUUGAAUUUCUCAUUAAAACAGAAGAAGUCGAAUACAAACCGUAA